AUGUCAACUCCUUCAUCAUCUUCAUCUUCUUCAUCUUCUUCUAUUUGGGUGUUGUCUAACAUAAAGCUUCAGUUCUUUGCCCGCAUCAGACGGUUUCUCCAAUCCAAAGCAACCAGAAAGCGUUUUGAUCUCUCUGAUCGGUUUGACACAGCUAAGAGCAGAGGUGAACACAACAACAAGAUUGAAAAACUUGAAACAGUACAAGUUAUGGAGAAGCACAAGGAGGAAGAGGGAGAGGAAGAGUCUGCGAUCAUGUUGAAGAGAACUGUGAAGAUGCUUCACUUCGGAAGCUGGGAAGAGAAGGAAGUAGCAGCAAACGAAAUUGAAAGGUUAGCCAAGGAAGAUGUUAAGGUUAGAAAGUUGAUAGCAGAACUUGGGGUGGUGCCGGUGUUGGUAUCUAUGGCGGCGUCACCAGUGGCUAGCCGCCUGCGAGCCGGGUUGACGGCGUUGAUCCACCUAGCUGAUGGAACUUACAUGAACAAGGCUUUGAUAGUGGAGGCAGGAAUAUUGUCCAAGCUGCCUAAGACAAUUGACCUUGUAGAUGAAUCGACAACAAGUAAAUUGGCAGAGUUGCUUUUGUCACUGUCAUCUCUAGCAAAUACUCAAUUCCAAUUCCCUCUUGCUUCAUUAGACUUUCUCCCAUUACUUAGACACAUUCUUGAGACAGGCACAUGUUUUGACACCAAACAAUCGUGUUUGGGUGUUUUGUUUAACCUAUCGACUGUGUUAGACAAUGCAUCCCCUAUGGUUUCAAGUGGGGUGGUUCCUAUCCUCUUGGAACUGUCCUCAGUAAAAGAAAUUUCAGAGAGAGCACUUGCCACUCUAGGGAACUUGUCAGUGACUUUGAUGGGAAAAAAAGCAAUAGAGAACAGCACAAUGGUACCAGAAACCUUUAUUGAGAUCUUGUCAUGGGAAGAUAGCCCUAAAUGCCAAGAGUUUUCAGCUUAUAUUUUGAUGAUUUUAGCACAUCAAAGCUCAUUGCAAAGAAAGAAAAUGGCACAGGCAGGGAUUGUUCAUGUGCUUCUUGAAGUGGUUUUAUUGGGGAGCCCUUUGGCUCAAAAGAGAGCAAUGAAACUCUUGCAAUGGUUUAAGGAUGAAAGGCAAACUAAGAUGGGGCCACAUUCUGGGCCACAAACACCAAGAUUUGCAAUGGGGUCACCGGUGAAUCAAAGAGAAGCAAAAGAAGGGAAGAAAAUGAUGAAGAGUCUGGUGAAACAAAGUCUGCAUAGGAAUAUGGAAAUAAUAACUCAGAGAGCAAACGCUGCAGGGGAGUCUUCUAAAUUGAAGUCUUUGAUUAUUAGCACAAGUUCCAAGAGUUUGCCUUACUAA